CCUUAAUCCUCUCUUUCUUCCUUACUGCUCUCUUUCUUUUCCUCUGUCGACUCAUCCCUCUGUAGAUUGCGCCUCCUCAUCUCUCUGCCGCCACGCCUCUCUCAGUCGAUCGAAACUCUCUCUGUCAUCGACUCGUCUCUCUGUCUCCGAGCCUUGCCUCGUGUCUCCUCUCUUUAAAUUGCAGUGUGAUCGAGAUUGGGGAUAGUUAAAAUUGUUCGUAAUGUUGGGCUAGAAUCCGUGGCUUGCAUUGAUGCCUUGAUGGUCUUUAGCCUGUAAAAGAGAGGUGAACUGUAAGACGGUUCAAGCCCUUCUGGUCAAGUGUUGAGCAAUGGCAAAAGGUUUGUUAUGGGCAACAGCAGAGGAUCUGGCAAAGAACAGAGGUCGGGUUCUCUCUCUUUAUCGCCAAUUAUUGCGCAGUCUUAACUCUCCAGAACUGCCACUCAAUUUAGCAGCAAGGCUGGCAAAGAAGGCACAGGUUCGUACCAUUUUCAUGGUGGCGUCCGAGGAGAGAUCACUCCAUAACAUCGAAGAUCUUUUCGAUGCCGCUGAGUACUCCCUCUCCCUGUUGCGAAAAGGUGAAAUUCCUAAAUAUAUUAUAUAAUCUUUGUUUGUUUCUUAAACUGGAUGUGUCAAUUUGUAACGGGAAAUCCUGGAAUGCUCAAGGAUAUGUAACAGGAAAAAUAAUGAAUGAUUUGAAGCAGCAUGGAACAUGGAUGGAAGUUAUCAAUAGUAGCUUAGCUCUUUAGAACUGCUAUUCCGCUAAUCUUAGUAUUUAUGUACUAGUUCAGUUCAGGAUAUAAAAAUGUUAGGGAAAAGAAUCUGCACUUUUGUU